GCCCGGCACCGCCUCAGCUCCCCUCGGCUGCGGCUCCACGCUUCGCCCUGCCCCGUGCAAGGCGGCACCGCCCGUGGCCGGGGGGAUGACCAGUUGUCAGCCUCUCCGCAGCGAGCAGAUGGCGGGGCGGGUCAAGCUGACAAUCCCCUUAAUCCCAUCAGGGCCCGGCCGAGACAGGACGGGUCAUGGCGGGCACCAGGGUGCGCGGCCUCCUGCACUCAUUCCCGAGCCAGCUGUGCUGUGGCUGCGGCCCUGGCAGAGGGCUGCGCGCCUCCACAGGCACCCGCAUCCUCUACACCCUCCUGCACGUUCUGGCCUCUGCCGUGUGCUGCCUCAUGCUGUCCCGCACUGUGGCUCAGGCUGUAAAGGAGAAGAUGCCGUUCUCAGGGGUCCUGUGCCAACACCUGCCCGGCGGCACAGACUGCACGCAGCUCGUGGGCUCCUCGGCCGUCUAUCGCGUCUGCUUCGGCACCGCCUGCUUCCACCUGGCGCAGGCCGCCCUGCUCCUCAAUGUGCGCUCCAGCGCUGACUGCCGCGCUCGGCUCCACAACGGGUUCUGGUUCCUGAAGCUGCUAGUGCUGGUGGGGCUCUGCGCCGCCAGCUUCUUCCUCCCUGAGGAGAGCUUCAUCCAAGCGUGGCACUAUACAGGUGUCUGUGGUGGCUUUGCUUUCAUUCUCAUCCAGCUGGUGCUGAUCACUGCCUUUGCACACACCUGGAAUAAGAACUGGCUGACGGGCGCAGCACAGGACAAGCGCUGGUACCUGGCUGUGCUGCUGGCCACCACUGCCUUCUACACCCUCGCCUCCGCUGCCUUCUCCUUCCUCUACAAGUACUACACCCACCCAGCCGCCUGCCGGCUCAACAAGGCACUGCUCACUGUCAACGGCAGCCUCUGCAGCAUCAUGUCCUUCAUCUCCAUCACACCCUGCGUGCGGCUCAAGCAGCCGCGGUCAGGGCUGCUACAGUCCUCAAUCAUCAGCUGCUACGUGAUGUACCUCACUUUCUCUGCAUUGUCCAGCCGUCCCCCAGAGAGAGUGCUCUACAAGGGGCAGAACCUCACCGUCUGCUUCCCGGGCAUCCAGCAAGAUGAACUGCAAACAGAGGACACCACAGUCGCCAUCCUGGGGGCUGCCAUCAUGUACGCCUGCGUGCUCUUCGCAUGUAAUGAAGCCUCCUAUCUUGCUGAGGUCUUUGGGCCCCUCUGGAUGGUCAAAGUCUACAGCUUUGAGUUUAAAAAACCCUCUUGCUGCUUCUGCUGCCCAGAGAAGAUGGAGGAGGAGCUGAGAGGUGCUGCUCAGGAACAGACAUGUGAGCAAGAGGAGGAGCCUGCUGGAGGACAGUGUGUUUUCCAGGAUGAGCGAGACCAUGUGGUCUACAGCUACUCAGCCUUCCACUUUGUCUUCUUCCUCGCCUCACUUUAUGUCAUGAUGACACUCACCAACUGGUUCAGCAUCGGCGGAACAGCCCAGCCCUGCGCAUCGUGCGGCGGCGACGCACCCCACACCGCAUCAGUGUCUCCACGUAGUCACUGCUGGGAGGGACUGUGCUUGGCCCUGUGCUUGGCCCUUGCCGUGCCGUGUGCCUGGGUCUUGGCCUCACCGGUCCCCUUGACUGCUUCUCAUCCCAUGGCUGAGGAAAAGAUGUCAUCUGAGCACAGGAGGAGGACCUAGGAUGUGGAAGCUCUGCUGCACCAGCUCCAGGGACACAUCCUGCACUGAGCUGGAGCCAUCAAGGGGCCAUCCUGAGCCUGCCCAGAUGGCAAGCGCUCAGCUUCUGCUGCUGCACUCCCCUCCAGCCAUGAAGGCAGCUCCUGCCCGUCUGCCACCCCUCGGUCACGGCCCAAGGCCGGCAGGGAGCGGCGCUCUGGUCCGUCUGCUGUAUGUCAGCUCACCUACCGGCAGCGUGGGUAUUGUAAAUAGCUCCAUA